AGAGAUGCCAAUUUCAACACUUCUCUCUGCUGUUCUCCCGCCAUGCCAUUUGCUAGCUUACUCGACUCUGCUAGGAACCGAGCUGUAUCAGACUUUUGUAAUGACAAAAGUUGCACACCGGGCUCUAGCUAGACCAUCAUUUGUAAACUUGCAAAAGCGUGUCUUUACAAUCUAUUUCAAGACAUAGUCACUGCUUUUGUUAGUCGUCGCAGUGACAUCGCCGCCCUAUGGACCAGCUUCGUUGUUCAGAGGAGCGCGCAACUGGAUGCCGUUCGCAAUUGCUGGGGUAACUGCGGGAUUGAACCUGAUAUUGUGUGGGCCACAAACUAAGAGAUUGAUGAUUGAGAGGGUGCAUCAAGCAACUCACGAGGCAAAUGUGCGGCUUGACCCAGGUGUAAAGAGAAAGGAAAUGGAAGUUCUGAAUAAGGCGUUUUCCAGAGCCCAUGCGAUGAGCAUUCAUUUGAAUCUCGUGACGAUUGGUGCGACACUGUGGUGGGGCUGGCAGCUGGUGUCGAAACUGCAAUUCUAAGCACGCUGAGUGCUUCCAUGAGCUGAAUUGCAACAAGAGCUAUU